UGCAUUUGAGUGCUGAUGCAAUGUAAUAUAAUUUACAUCUGCUCUAUUCAAACAGACAGACCUAGAGAUGGUGACUGAGGACUUGGCUCAGAAAGUAAACCGCCCUUACCUCCGCACUCCUCGCCAUAAAAUUAUCCGAGCGGCAUGUCUCGUUCAGCAGAAAAGACAAGAGUUCCUGGCCUCAGUGGCUCGUGGUGUUGCUCCUGCAGACUCCCCAGAAGUGCAGAGACGCAGUUUUGCUGGUGGAACCUGGGAUUGGGAAUAUUUAGGUUUUGCAUCACCAGAGGAAUAUGCUGAAUUCCAGUACCGACGACGACAUAGACAACGGCGGCGAGAUAUGCAUAGCCUUCGCAGUAAUACUCCAGAUCCCGAAGAGCCCAGUGAUAGUACCAUAGAUACCCAUGAAGAAGGUAACAGCAGACGACAUGCUUCCAUGGUGAGUUCAGCAUCCAUGAGUAUUUUGCACAGCUCUUCGCUUCAUGACUAUACACCUGUCAGUCACUCUGAGAACCAAGACUCUCUACAGGCUUUGAGCUCACUUGAUGAUGAUGACCCAAAUAUCCUGCUAGCUAUCCAGCUGUCUCUGCAAGAGUCUGCCCUUGCAGUGGGUGGUCAGCCGCAAGACUUCCUUAACAACGAGUUAUCUUUAGGGGCCAUUGGUACUUCUUUACCUUCAAAGCUUGAUGCAACCCAGAGAAGUACAGACACUGCUGGAGCUUUGAGCAACUCUCAGCUGAUGGAUUUGGAAGACAGCUUUAUGAGAUUGGGUAACAGUGAUCCUUACUCCAGCAGGUUUGGUAGCUCUCAGCCUUUUGAUGUACAAAGUAGAUUAUUUUCAUCUGCUGAAGGAACUGAAUCCACAGAUGCAGAUCCUGCCAUGAAUGCAAAUCUCCUUGGGAAUAUCAUGGCAUGGUUCCAUGACAUGAAUCCUCAGAGCAUUGCAUUAAUUCCUUCAGCAUCUUCUGAAACUGACAUAAAUUCUCAGCAACUCAGCAGUGCAGAGGAACAAGGAUCAAGCAGACUUGAGAUGCUCCAGAGCCUUCACGAGGACCAUGCACUGUUUGAAGCUACAGUCAUGAGUGAAGGUAAAGGAACCCAAGUUGAAGAAGUUUCAGAAAGUAUUGGUGCUACAAAAUCUGAGCCACAAGCAGAAACAUCAGGUGUGAGUGACAGCAGAAGUGUAAUGUUGUUGGGUGAUAACUCCCAGCAGAUUAACACGUCAUCAAAUGAAUGGGAAGAACAAAUUCAUUUGGUGUAAACGCAACGGUGUAGGCAUCUGUUGCAGUCACUUAUGUUUUGUCCCAAAAGCUUAGUUCAGCAUGGACCCCAGACUGAUGUAUCAUGUAGGAGGGCUGGGGAACCCAUCAGUGGUAGUGGGAUCCAUAAAAGGUUUGAGCUCUCAAAAGGCUGUUUCAGUUGUCAGUCCUGCACCAGUCCCUGAGUUUUCAAUGAAGAGCAUAAAACUUCUGGAUCCUUGGUCUUUAACUUAUUGUACUUACCAACUAGCAAUUCUAAAGGAUCUAAACUAAAGUAAAAUUACUGGUAGAAACUUGGAAGAGAGGCUAUCUUAUCCAACAGUACUGUUGGUAUCACCGAGAAAUGCACUAUAGAGAGCCUUUUGGAAUAUGUAGAAGCCGAUUGCAAAAGAAAGGAAGCACUGCCUACUAUAAGUAAAAUGUGGUGCCAAAAUUUAAGCAGUUUAAACCAAGUAAAUCUAACUUUAUUACAUUCAGCUUGUGCCUGCACUAGUCUGAACGAAUCAGAACUCUUUGGAGUCAUCUCCAGGAGGUGGCAUCUUUUAAUGGAAUUUGAUGCUAAUUGGAACUCAAGUGGCAUGGGUGCUGCAGAAAUGUAGCUUACACUUUGAUUUGUUCAGUGGUUACUGUUUUAAAACAGAUCAUUUUUUAAAAUCAGAAGUGGAUAUUAACAGGCGCACUGUGUUUGAACUCCACAAACACUUUAUUGUAAGUGCAAUCGUAGAGUCUUUUCCUUACUAUAAAGAAGUAUUCAGUUAAAGGCACUGUCAGUGCCACUGGUGUUAAGAAAUAAACUUGAAAUAUAGGCCGAAGAAAUCUUUAAUGCAAAGCCAUCCCUUAUAGGCAAAAAAAUACAAAUGACAUGAAAGCCACAACAAUCAAUCAAAAGUCUGGCCUACUCAGUCAGUCCAUCAUUGUGCCUUUGCCUGACCCACUUGGUUGGUUGCCACAUAUUUUUGAAGCAUCAGAGACUGUCACUUUAAGAUCAGAUGAACGCAAGUAUGACUCUGAAAAUAUUUUAGCUUGAUUGUUGCCAAUUGUAUUUUGGGUGGACAGUUUUGCAUCAAAUAUUGGGUAUUGUUCUGUGGAGGAUUUUAGUGAUAAGUUUCACAGAAUGCUAAAAUUUGGUUGAUGUACAAAAAAAAUUAAGCUUUUUCCAAGGACUAAAUCAUUAUCUGGAAUGAACUAAUUGUGCUAAUUUUUAUUAGAAAAGUUUUUAUUUUUAAAACCAUCAUGCUUUAAACCAAGUUGCUUUUUUAACUUGGAGAAUUUAAUUCAGUUUUUAAAAUUUGGAGCUUAAAUAUCAACCAUGCAAAGCCCAAGAUGUGUAACUGGUUUUAAGUUUGAGAUGUUUCUCUCACAGUUCGGUUUUACCUUGAGUCAGUCUGUGACAAUGUAGUGUAUUGAAGUAAUUUCAGUUUGAUAUUGGAAAUAAAAAGAGAUGUUUUACAUGGCAUUGAAUAUGUACUGCAAAGUUGAGAUAUGUAAGGCUGUUGUAUAUGGAGUUAGUAGUUUUGUGGGGUUUUGUUUUUGUAAAAGCAUUGUUUAAUUUGUGGAGUUUGAACCAUGGUCCAUUCUGUGUAAUGUUGGCUGUGCAUGGUGACAAGGUCAUUCGGAUUCAAAAUUGUAUAUUCUGUUACAAAUUUUAAAUGUCUUGGAAUAAUUUGAAAAUCAGAAAAAAAUGCAAGACUAUUUUUUAAGACAAUGGGAAUUUUAUAAUAAAGCCAACUGUUAACCUUGAUUUUUCUCUGCAAAAAUGUUACUAUUUGCACUUUCAUAGUACUAUACUUGAUACAUUCCCACUUUAUAUAUUGAUAACAGUAAUAUUGAGAUGCUUGGCCAAUGCAAAGUACUUAAAACAGUUAAACUGUACAAAAUUAAUUUUUUAAUUGGACAUAUUGUUCUAAAGAACUAAAAUCUGCAAAUUGUUUAACUUCAUAGUCGGACCACCUACCUGGAUUUGUGAAGAGAACCUGUAUUUUCAUUUCUUUCUUCUUUCUUUCUCAAGCUCCUAUAAUUCUGUUUUAAAUUUUGCAAGUCAAUACUCUUCCUCUGAAGUCAAACAAUAAAAUUCAGUUCAUUCUCAUGUUGUUGGUUUCAGUGAAAACUGCAGUUCUAUAUUUACUGUUUUCAAAGUAUAAUUUCCUUUUAUUAAAUGUAAUAUCAUGGAAGUGGAUAGUAGUUUGAGCAACAAUUGUAAAUUAAUAUUUAUAAUAAAUUCACAUUUCUGAACUUUUUAAAAUAGAAAUGGUUGAUGUUUGUUCGGCAUAAUGCUGAAAUUGCAGAUAUGCUGGAUUGCUUUUACAUAAGAGUGAUCCAGUUAGCAACAAUGCACGUGGACAAGGCUGGUCUCUGGCUUGGUCUCUGGAGACUGCUGAGCUGACUAGUCUGAAUUUGAGGCAUUGGUCAGGGUGUGAUAAAUGGCC